UUGACAACAAAAAUCUUUACAAAAACCUCUCUUUCUAAAGCUCUCUCUGUAUAUCACUUUUACACAAACAUUAAAAAUGGUCACACUGACAAUAGCCAUUACAGUGUUCAUAAUUAUCCUUAAUUGCGUGGGAUGGAAAAUUUUGAACUGGUUAUGGUUGACUCCCAUGAAGAAGGAGAUGAUUCUGAGGCAACAAGGAUUCCAAGGGAAUUCAUAUGAUUUCAGAAGGCUUUUGUUUGGAGAUGCAGAAGAGAAUGCCAAGGUGUAUGAAGAAGCACUUUCAAGAUCUAUAAAUGUUCGCGAUGAAACUCAAGCUGCCCAUCGUAUCCUGCCCUUCGUCCAUAAAACCAUUGAAAAAUAUGGUGACAAAUCAUUUUUUUGGGCCGGACUAAGACCAAAAGUGCUGAUAAUGGAUCCUGAACUGAUGAAAACCGUGUUGGUUAAACACACUAGCUUCAUAAGGAAUUACAAGGCCACUAAUCAUAUAUUGCAAAAACUUAUCACUGGACUCCCUCGUACUGAAGGAGAGGAAUGGUAUAAAAGAAGAGUGAUUAUGAACCCAGCUUUUCACAUGGAAAAUUUGAAGGAAAUGAUACCAGUGUUUCAAAAAGUCAGCGAUGAUGUUCUGAAUCAAUGGAAGAAGUUGGUUUCUGAAGAUGGCUCCUGUACUGUAGACGUAUAUCCUUACUUCGAAUACGCAACCUCAAAAGUUAUUUCUGAAACUUUGUUUGCCAGUGAUUAUUCUAAAGACAAAAGACUCUAUGACCUUAUUAAGGAAAUGGUCAGCAUGGCAAGACUAACCACCCGAAUUGCUGAUUUACCAGGAUCAAAGUAUUUUCCCACCAAAACAAAUCAAAAGUCUAGAAAAAUCAUGAAUGAACAACGGCAGAUGCUUGGAACACUCAUUUGUGAAAGAGAGAAGGCAAUAAGGGAAGGCAAAGUUUUGCAGGACAACUUGUUGGAUCUGAUAUUGAAAUCAGAACUCAAACGUGAUUAUGGUGAAGAGGAAAUUCCCGGGCAAGUGAAGUUAUUCUUCUUUGCAGGAUAUGAAACCACAAGAAAUCUUCUUGUUUGGACCUUGGUCUUACUCAGCACUUACCAAGAUUGGCAAGAGCGUGCUAGACAAGAAGCUUUCCAGGUCUUUGAAAAUCGUAAAGCGGAUUAUCAAGGGUUAAGCCAACUCAAAGUUUUAUCGAUGAUCGUAAAUGAGGUAUUGAGGUUGUACCCUCCAGUGGUCGAGCUUUCAAGACUUGUAGAAGAAGAGACACAGUUAGGUGAAUACACCAUACCAGCUGAUACACAAGUCAUGCUACCAGUAGUUAUGAUUCAUCGCGAUCCCAAAUACUGGGGUGAAGAUGCAAACGAGUUUAAUCCCAACAGAUUUGCAGAAGGAGUGUCGAAAGCAACCAAAGGACAUCUUAUAUAUUACCCCUUUGGAUGGGGACCCCGUAAUUGCAUUGGCCAGAACUAUGCACUCUUGGAGGCUAAAUUGGCAUUGGUAGACAUUUUGCGCAACUUCUCGUUUGAUAUUUCGCCUACUUAUAGACAUGCUCCAGUUGUGAUUUUCACUCUUGAGCCUCAGUAUGGAGCCCCCCUCAUACUACGCAACCUCAAGUGAGGUUUAGUAAAAGUUUGUUUGUGUGGGUAAUUAUAGCCAAUGUUUUAGUUAUCUUUCUGGCUAUGUAUUAUGUAUCCGUUGAUUAGUUUUUGUCUUUUCACUUGCCAUUUCUAGAUAAUUUCAAUAAAUUUUAAGCUACUAUAUUAGUUCCUUAUGUAAUGUUGACACUCCUCACCACCCGCUUCUGUUACUCUUUAUAAUAGCAGUGUUUCAAAUAUUUCAGUAUAA